UGACGGACAGUCGGAUGGGGUUUUUCUGUAGGUGGUGGUGUUGACCAACUCGUCUUUGGAGGAACAACUGUGGGUCGGGGAUUUCUGCCACAGCCACGGGAUCAAACUGGUGGUGGCCGACACCCGCGGACUUUUCGGGCAGCUUUUCUGUGAUUUUGGGGACGACAUGGUGGUGACGGACACCAACGGGGAACAACCUCUCAGUGCCAUGGUUUCCAUGGUGACCAAGGGAUGCCCGGGGGAGGUGACGUGCCUGGACGAGGCUCGUCACGGCUUCGAGACGGGCGAUUUCGUCACCUUCACCGAGGUGGAGGGGAUGGAGGAGCUGAACGGCUGCGGCCCCGUCGAGAUCCGCGUCCUCGGGCCGUACACCUUCAGCAUUGGGGACACCAGCGGGUUCGGGGACUACGUGAGGGGGGGGAUCGUCACCCAGGUCAAGAUGCCCAAGCACAUUCGCUUCAAGCGGCUGCGGGAGGCGCUGGUGGAGCCGGAGCUGAUGAUCACGGACUUCGGGAAGGCCGAGAGACCUCCCAUCAUGCACUGGGGCUGGCAGGCCCUGCACCGCUUCAUACGCCAACAUGGCCGCCCGCCUCGGCCACGCCACCAGGGCGACGCGGACGAGGUGGUGGCCUUGACCCGGGAGGUGGCCCCGGGAGCCGAACUGGACCCGGAUCUCCUGCGGGAACUGGCCUUCCAGGCCACCGGCGACCUGGCCCCCGUCAACGCCUUCAUCGGGGGCUUGGCGGCCCAGGAGGUCAUGAAGGCGGUGUCAGGGAAGUUCACGCCCAUCACCCAGUGGUUGUACUUCGACGCCCUGGAGUGUCUCCCCGAGGAGAACAAGGAGACGGUUCUUAGCGAGGAGCAGUGUCGCCCGCGCAACAGCCGCUAUGACGGGCAGAUCGCUGUCUUCGGGGCGGAGCUCCAGGCCAAGCUGGGAGCCCAGAAGUACUUUGUGGUCAGUGUCCCCAGCUGUCCCU